AUGCGCUAUAUCUAACAAGCGGUGAAAAGUAAUGUUCUGGAAUCCAGCACUGAUAGACGUGCUCGUGUUAGGAUAUUUUGGGGUUAUUUGCAUAUUUGAAAUCCCCUUAAAAAUUAAAAAAAAAGUGUGAAAAUCAAUUCAAAAAUUGUUUUCCUUCCUAACAGUUCCUUAAAUUCAGGGGUAAUUUUCACUACUGGAUACACCUCUGAACGUUUAAAAAAAAUUAUAUACUGUCUGAAAAUAAGUCAGUUUAAAAAUUUUGUGGUGGAUUAGAACAACCGAUUCUUAACACUGGACUUUUUAUACUUCUUGAGUUGUAGAUUUCUGAAGCUUGCUCUAAAUGCAUUGCUGCAUGCACUGUUGGUCAGCCACAUCUCUUCUCGCACUUAUUUUUUACGCCCAAGGUCUAGUUGCUUAAGUGGGGUGCGUUUUCAUUCCUGGUAUGUCCAUUCAAAAAAAAAUUGUAAUUCAACAAAAUAUUCAUCUUUAUUUGCAGGGAACCUCGUAAGCUGUGCAUGUGGAUCGUUGCAUCCUGUAGGUUUCGUUAAGGCAGUAUGUAGAUAAUGGUCUGCAAGUAGUCUGUUGAUAACAUGGAGUGAUCUUUAUUUUUGUCUCGAUUCAUGACUUGUAAUCAGCACUAAACAUUCUGGGACUUGUGAGUUUCCUCCCAGCAGUAGCUUGGACAAGUCAGCAACUGCCUGUUGCGUCAGUACCGUUUGUUCAAGUAACAGUUCUUACGUGUAAAUAGCUCCGUUCGGUGCACAUGCACAGCAUAUGUACGUAAUUCGGAGCUUCAUUUGAACACAACCCAGUGCAGGAGCAUAGAUCGCGGCUAGGAGGGGCAGAAGUCAUGUGAACACUUCACUGUGGAUGCAAUUUUAACUGAGAAACAUGGAUGAUGAAGGUAUUAAUAGAGAGAUGAUUUUAUGUUUUUGUUUUUAGUCCAGUAUAAGAUUUCAGCAUUAUUUACAACACUUUUUUUUAUAAGCUUCACUUGCAACUAUGUAAACAAAUCUUUUGAAUUCAACCUAGUUACUCAUAAUUUGUCAUAUUGACUUGAAACUUUGCAAGUUUAUGUAAUCCAGAUGACCUAAUUUGGUGCCAUCAAACUGAUCUGAUGCAGCCAGGAAGUUUAUAGUGGAACUAUUUGAUGGCUAUCAGUAAACUACAUUCUUUCUACAACAUAACAAUAAAUAUGAUUAUUAUUUUCAACACUCAAUAUUUUUAAAAAUUCUGUUUUGUAAUAUUUAUUCCACCCAAGUACAUAUGUUGAUAUGCUGCAUUUUUGCAGCAAAAUUUGCAACAAGUUUUUGUUAAAGAUACAUUCAGAACAAUGUACAGCGAAACCCCUUAUUUACGUUACCGUUAUUUACGUUUUCCCGUUAUUUGCACUAUAUUCUUCAGGUCCCGUUUGGUUCCCAUAUAGUCCAAUACAAUACUUUCCCGCGAAUUACGUCUCAAAAAUCGAAUCAAUCCCGCUAUUUACGUCACGUAACAACCAUAAACAACCAGAAAAUACCGUGGAGCUAGUAGGCAAUGAACAUUUUAAAUAGCAAAAUAUACAUAUUUUAUAACAUGAAAAGUUGCUUUUAUUUCUAAACAUGUAAUAAUUUAAGCCUAGGCGUGUAAAAGUACGAGUAAUUAUAGCAGGAGACAAUCUAAAAUGCACGAGGGAAAAACGUAAACUCAUGAAUGUACAAACAUGGCUGCUUGUAAGUUCUGAUACUGUAUUUAUGUCACAACUUAGCCGAAAUACUGGUACGAGACAUAAACUUCACAAGAUAAAAUGAGCGGUGUCUUGGUAACUGUUUUAUACGUCUUUUAUAAUUUGGGAAGUGUUGUACAGUUGACGCCAUAUUUUUUAAACUAACCAUUUAUUUCUGGGGAUCGUAAAUAAUUAAUUAUUGGUAUCAAGACAUCAUGAUAAACGUAAACUUGAACAUGUCACGGCAGCGAGAAAACUGGUGCGUAUACCAAUAAACUGGUAUUAGAACUGGAUAAAAUUGGUACACGGGAGGUGGAGCUUAUAUUUUUUUCCGCUAAGCUCGCAUCUAUUGGUUGGCGGCUGAUGGCGUCAUGAGCCUGGGCGGAGCAUAGAGUGCGCAUGCGCCGCCGCGUCGUUACAGCAGCUGACCGAGUACAAUGACCUUUCUCCGCGUUUGGCGCGCUAUUGACGGUAAAUAUUCAACAAUUUGCGGCCUUUUCUUAAAAAAAUUUUUACUGUGAGCAAUGUGUAUGUAGCCCGUAUUUGUUAUAAACCCUGCCGGUUGCAACUGUAUUUAUAAUUUGGAGAGGCAAAUAAUCUUGAACAGCCAAAAAAGCAAGCAGAAGAAAAUUUCAAAUUUAUUUUUAGGAAGUAAUCAGAAAAACAUUUUGGCUUUCAUUCUUUUUUUUAUUUUUGUCAAAUGUGGUAAAUUAAUAAUGGAUUAAAUACUAAAGUAAAAUUUGUUGUUAGUGUGUUUGUACCUGCAUUGUAGUAUGUGCUAUUAAACAAAAGGAAAAAAAUUCUAAAUAAGGUAAACUGUACUCCUUUUUAUACUUUUCCCUUUAUUUACACUUUCCCGCUUUUUACACUUUUUUACUUUGUCCCCAUGAAAAGUGCAAAUAAGGGGUUUUGCUGUAUAUUACCUAAUCUGCAAGCAAUUGUAGUUCACAAGUGAUUAAAUAAUAUAGGUGCACACAAAUUAAUUUUCCUGAUCUAUGCACUUUGGUACCGACAUAUAAAAAUAGCAUUCGUUGUUUCACAUUAAAAAGAAAUGUAUAUUUUUCUUUGUGAUUUGAAUUAUUUUUUGGUUGAACUGGAGGUUCAUGAUGGUUUUUUUGUUUUAUCGUAAUUCACCACAUAAUCUUGUCCCCAAGUAUUAAUAACAAAACUUUUUUUUUGCGCUGUUGUAUAGGCCUGGACUGCCGGGUGAGAUGAGUGUUACACACACGCACAACACCCUUGGGGUUUUGGUAGCGGGGCCCGCUGCCAAUCCUAAAGGUGGGCCUUACUUCAGCAGUUGGAGAUAUUUUAACUUUUUCCCCUCACUUACUUCUAUCAAAAUUUCCAGCUUAGAACAUGAAAUAUUUUAGUUCUAAUUAUACAAACCAAAUAUUUACUUGAAUCUGAGCACUUGGCUAAUGUUUUGUUUCUACAGACUGCGUUUUUCGUGAAUUAUUGCUUUAAGAGCGUUAACUAACAUGGUAAGUAAUAACUCGGUUCAAUUUGUGGUAAUGUAAGCUACAAGCAUUUUUCUGAAAAAGAAAAAAAAUUGAAUAUUUUUAUAGUUAUUUUUUAAGUAUCAAGACUGGAGGUUCAUAAACUAGCUUUUUUUAAUGAGCUUUUGCUGUACUACUGGGAACAGUCCAGAAUACUGCAGUUGGAGAUCUUCGCCGCGGCAUGUUCGUGACCAAGGUAAUAUAUUAGUGAUUUUGCAUGAGAGUACCAAAGAAAUGAUAUACAAUUCAAUAAUAUUUGGAACACGUAAGCAUUUACAUAAAAGUUCCUAAAAAAAAAAAAAUCAUUAUGGAAAUGUAACUUACUGUCACUCUUCAGUGAAAUAAAAACUGAAGCCACCAGUAAUGCGACCUAGCUGUCAAACAGCUGAAACGCACCAAAAUAAAAAUUGUUCCAAGUGGCUCACUUGGUACUGGCUUGCUGAAUGUACUGAACAGAAUGCUGUAUUGGACUGUUCUAUGUACUUAGUGGGUGUUUCCCUAAAGAUGACUAGUAAUUUAAAAUGCCAUGCUUGAAAACUACUACUUCCCACAAUAUAUUUACAUUUAUUGGGUUCUGCCUGAAUUAUAUACUAUUUAAUUUGGUACUACCCCCAAAAUGUAGGAUUUGCACUGGGAGAUAAGUCCCCUUAUAUUUAAUGUAUUUUACUCUAAUGUUUUUAAUAGAUGCAAUCUGUGAAUUGGUUGAAACAAAAAAAAAAAUAGGUAUUCAAUUAUUUUAAACUUCUGCAAGUUGCAUAAGAAUGCUGAUUUUACCUACACUGAAAGCUAAUGAUGUACCAAAAGGAAAAACCCUUGAAAGGUUUCAGUGAAUAUUUUUUCCCAUGUUGGGAAGCUAAAAAGCACUUAAUUUGUUACAUGAAAAUGUGAAAGAAAUCUUGAUAGUGAUUGGUAGUAUCUGCUGGCCACACAUUGAAAACUGCAGGAUAUUGACAUGCGUGAUCAUUGCUGCAGGACAGAUUGAUAGUUAUUUCUCAUUAACGUAAGGCUUUAAGCAAUAGUAAGAUUUUGUCUUUUUGGUAUGUAGCACAGUAGACCGAAAAUAAAUCCUCAAACUGGUGGUAAUUUUUUUCUGCUACAGUCUUAUCUUUUCCAUUUGUCUUCUUACCCCUGUAUUACCCUUAACACCACAAUAUUAAUAUGAGUGUUAAGUCUCCCUUGACAUCAAACAUUAAUAUAGGUAUGCUUAUAAUUGCAAGGGUUGCAGCAGAGUUUCAUAGCUACUUGAAGGUGUGGUCUUGUCCCCUGGCCUGAACAGGGAAAAUAACUUGUUAAAUUUACCCUUUUUAAUUUUUUUUAUAUUUAAUUAAUUUAGGUAGUAAUGUUUUUUAUAUUUAGUGCAUUUGUAGGUUUUAAGACUCUCCGUAAUAUUUUUCCUAUGCUGGCGGAACUUUGCUGUGGAAAGAAAUAAACAUGCUUUGGCGAACUUGUGCGCGCUCUACGAUGGCCCGCGCUAAGCGAAUUCGGGAGUCCGGACGUACAAGAUUGACGAAGUGGCGACAGAGUACCCUGCGAUGACUCGCGCUAAGCGCAGCUGAGGCGGACCGCACGCGCGCGCUACAACGUCUCCGCGGACGUGGCUUGUGACAAAGUGGAGGGGGUGGGCUCGCGAACAGACAGGCAGGUGCUCAGCCUAACAGACACACUGAUGGGCUGCGGCGGAAGUCGGUCUGGCAGUCCGUGAUGAUGUUUGUGAACGUGCGGAGGUCUAUGAGCCCGAAGGCUCGGCCUAUAGGACAAGAACUUUGGCUGUGUGUGUGUUUUCACAAAGGCUCUCUAUCGACGAUGGAAGAUCCUGGACUGGUCUGCGAAUGCUGUCCCGCAAACUGCGACGCAGCAAUCCGACAUGCUGCUGCUGACGGCGGUGACGCUGUGGUUCGCGGCGGCCAUGUCGCAGCCCGAGGCCUGGGAGUCCCCGCGCGCGGACCUGCUGGCGCGCGCGGCCCGGGCCUCGCUCGAGCUGCAGCCCGACGACGACUCCUACGCGCGCCUGGACCGGGGUCGCGCCGGCAACUUCGUGCGCCUGGGCCGCUGGCGGGACGACAACUUCCUGCGCUUCGGGCGCCGCCCCGCCGCCGACACAUUCAUCCGCUUCGGCCGCGACAAGCCGCAGAACUACAUCCGCUUCGGCCGCGGCAAGGCGGACAGCUUCAUCAGGCUGGGGCGCGACCAGGUGGGGCUGGAACUGGAGGGGCUCGGCCGGCAGACGGACAGGUCCCUGGAGGUGGGCAAGAGGACGGCCGACGAGGCGUCCGGCCUCCAGAGACCACGCCGCGAGGGGGCCGCCUCCUCCACGUUCGGGCGCGGCAAGCUCGCCGACAGCAACUUCAUCCGCCUGGGGCGCGGCAAGCGCUCCGCCCCGGAGGACGAGUUGGACGACGACCCCGUGGUGGAGGACCCGCGGGUGUACGAGUACCCGGGCCUCGCCGCCGACCUGCCCGCCUACGUGCUGGGGCCGGAGCUGUCCCUGCUGCCGCCGCCCUCGGGGGUCGCCAAGAGGUAGAAGAACUACAUACGGUUCGGCUAGACCCCGUGACCUCCACCUUCCAUCAUCGUGGCCCUCCACCCCACCUCCUUCACCCCCCUCACCACCUCCAGCAGUUGUCAAGCCACCGUGUACGCCACAGCCCCAACUGGACUUUGUCGUGACGUCGCGCUGAUUUGUACGCUACACCACCAUCCCAAAUAUACUGCAUCAAUCCACAUUGUUUGUCCUUUGCUCUUCAACUACAAUAAAUGUGACCUGACAAGGAGACCACAAACUAUUUUUUGAAAAUCACUUUGAACAUAAUAUGAUGUAUGAUUAAAAUAUUUUAAUUAUAAUUUCAAGAAGUUGUUUUCCUUUCGUGCGAUGGCAAGCAGGGAGGAACCCAUUUGUAAGGUGUACUUGGACAUGCUUUCCGUGUUGAUUUCGAGUGCAAGAGUUAUUUUCUGCAUAUUCAUUGUUUUUACACAUGGAAAUAUUUUUAAAAUUAAAAACUGAAAUUUUUAAAUUUCA